AUGUCUCAAUCAUGUGCUGUUUACGAAUGCAAACGUGCAUCGCGUGCAUUGUGUCAUUGUUGUCAACAGAAUCUCUGUAUACCUCAUUUAACUGAACAUAAUGAUUUAUUGAAUUCUCAACUAAAUCCACUCAUCGAUGAAGUUAAUUCACUUGGAGAUCGAUUAAAGACACUUGAUAUUCAAGAAAAAACGAGAGAAUGCCGUCAAAAACUUGAACAAUGGAGAAUAGAUUGUCAUCAACAGAUUGAUUCAUUUUUUGAAGAGAAACGCAAACAACUCAAUCAACUUGUUGAGAAAAAAGUUGAGAAACAACGACAAGAAAUUACACGAAUACAAUCGAAACUAUCGGAACUCAUUCGUGAACAAGAAGCAACUCGACAAGAUAUUGAUAUACUAACAUCAACUAUUAGUCAUCUUCAAAACAAAAUGAGUAAUAUCGAACAAAGUUCUAUUCAUAUAAACAUUCGUCCAUUAGUUAUCGACACUAAUUGUAUUCGUAUAAAUGAUACCAAUUAUCAUGGUUUUGAUUUGUCUACACUUUCACCUGUUUAUAAAACAAUCAAUUGUGCUGAUGGAACUUUCAGAGCAUUGGCAAGCAACGAUCAAUAUUUGUUAUUUCAUGAUGCACCAAAUCUAUGUUUACUCGAUCAAAACUUGACAGUAGUUAGAAAAAAUUUAUGGGAUCACGGAAAUAUUUUUGAUAUGUGUUGGUCAUCAACAUUAAAACAAUUUAUUGUAAUUGAACAAAAUGAUAUUUAUCUUGUCAAUGAAAACACGAUGUCAAUUGAACGUAUAGAAACAAUAAAAAAAGAAAAAUGGAUGUCAUGUACUUGUUCUGAUACAUCACUAUUUUUAUCAACUAGAGUUUAUGGUUCAUCGAUAUUGGAAUUCAGUCUAUUACCUGCAAUAAACUUAAUUAGGGAAUUGAAAUAUCCUGAUUCAUGUAUGGAAACUGAGCUUAUCACUUGUAUAGAGUACAAUAAUGAAACACUUGCAUUAUUAAUUAGGAAUCAUGUGAAUAAAACUAUGAGAAUAGAGUUAAAAUCUUCAAUAACAUUUGACCGUAUUUGGUCACUUCAACUGGAUAUAGUGUGGAACAAAGAGAAAACUAUUCGAUGUUGUUCAUUGAUUGAUGAUGAGUGGCUUAUAGCUGAUCAUGAAAAUAAUCGUUUAAUACAUGUUUCAAAAGGUGGAACCGUAAAGACAAUGUUAACAUAUACUGAUACUCCUUGCAACCAACAACGACACGAACAAUCUUUUUUUCUUUUUUUACUUCAUUCAAUGUCUCAACAAUGUGCUAUCGUCGGAUGCAAACGUACAUCGCGCGCAUUAUGUCAUUGUUGUCAACAGAAUCUCUGUAUACCUCAUUUAACUGAACAUAAUGAUUUAUUGAAUUCUCAAUUAAAUCCUCUCAUCGAUGAAGUUAAUUCACUUGGAGAUCGAUUAAAGACACUUGAUAUUCAAGAAAAAACGAGACACUAUCGUCAAAAACUUGAACAAUGGAGAAUAGAUUGUCAUCAACAGAUUGAUUCAUUUUUUGAAAAGAAAUGUCAACAACUCAAUCAGUUUGUUGAGGAAAAAGUUGAGAAACAAAGAGAAGAAAUUACACGAAUACAAUCAAAACUAUCGGAACUCAUUCGUGAACAAGAAGCAACUCGACAAGAUAUUGAUAUACUAACAUCAACUAUUAGUCAACUUCAAAAAGAAAUGAGUAACAUCGAACAAAGUUCUAUUCAUAUAAACAUUCGUCCAUUAGUUAUCGACACCAAUUGUAUUCGUAUAAAUGAUACAAAUUAUCAUGGUUUUGAUUUGUCGAUACUCUCACCGGUUUAUAAAACAAUCAAUCGUUCUAAUAGAAGUUCUAGAGAAUUGGCAAGCAACGAUCAAUACUUGUUAUUUCAUGAUGCACCUAAUCUAUGUUUACUUGAUCAAAACUUGACAGUAGUUAAGAAGAGUUCAUGGGAUCAUGGGCAGAUUUAUGAUAUGUGUUGGUCAUCAACAUUAAAACAAUUUAUUGUAAUUGAACUAAAUGAUAUUUAUCUUGUCAAUGAAAAUACAAUGUCGAUUGAACGUAUAGAAACAAUAAAAAAAGAAAGAUGGAUGUCAUGUACUUGUUCUGAUACAUCUCUAUAUUUAUCAACUAGAGUUCAUGGUUCAUCGAUUUUAGAAUUCAGUCUAUUACCUGCAAUAAAUUUAAUUAGGGAAUUGAAAUAUCCUGAUUCAUGUAUGGAAACUGAAGAUAUUACUUGUAUAGAGUACAAUAAUGAAACACUUGCAUUAUUAAUCAGAAAUCAUGUGAAUAAAACUAUGAGAAUAGAAUUGAAAUCUUCAAUAACAUUUGAGCGUAUUUGGUCACUUCAACUGGAUAUAAUGUGUAACAAAGAGAAAACAAUUCGAUGCUGUUCAUUGAUUGAUGAUGAGUGGCUUAUAGCUGAUCAUGAAAAUAAUCGUUUAAUACAUGUUUCAAAAGGUGGAACUGUAAAGACAAUGUUAACAUAUAACGAUAUUCCUUUGUUUGUUAACUUGUUUGGUUUAAAUAUUUUGGCUGUAUCAGUAAAAAAUUUUAAACUAAACUUUCACAAACUAAGAAACGACUUUUGA